UUUAUGAAAAUCUAGUCAGUAAAAUAGUGAAGAGUAAUAAUGAAGAUUUCUUUGGUAUUUUUGCUUGCUUUUCUUAGUACUUUUCAAACAAGUGUAGUAGAAUCAAAGCCCAUUAUUGCCGACAUCAUAAAUGGAGUAAUUGAUGAUGUAGCCGAUUUAGGAAAAGGAGUUGUAUGUCUUGUGGAUAAAGUCACUGGAAUUUUGCUUCCAAAUCAGGACACUUCGUGUUAUAAUAGCGAUAACAACAACAGUGGAGGUGCUGUCUCCAACGAUGAUUGCAGUGACCAGUCUCCAACCUCCACAGCAUCAUGAACCUUGCAUUUAUUUUUAAAACACAGUUAAUUUAUUUUUUCAAUUUUGAAAUAAUUUAAGUAAUCAUGUCUUAUAAAUUGUAAAAGCAACCCACAAUAUAAUAAAAUCUAAAUUUAAGUUGUUAUCAUUAUUCUCGGUGAUCUUUUUCCAGAAGUUCGAUAGCAGUUGUUUUUGUCUGUAUAUUCCGACUUGAGUUAUAUUUUUCUGUCUUCAAAAAUUUUCGAUGAAAAAACAUGAGUGUAUUUAUGAGACUGGUAACAAUUUACGUGGGUCUUAUAUUAUUUUCGAGUUUUGUCAGUUGUGACCACGAUGAGAUUUUAUACUCAGAUGAAUUCAAAAAGAUGAAAGAAGAAGCUGAAACGACCACCAUUAAUGUUAUUUUGAAGGAAAAGUCUUUAAUUCGGAUACCUUGUCAGGCACCUUUUAAGUUAGUUAACAGGAAGUGUAGAUAUGUUUGGUAAUGUUGAUCAGUCCAGAUUGUUGUGCACUAUUUAAUAGUUUGAACUUUGACUCGUGUCUUGUUCGUUAUUCUUCUAGUCUUUUCUUGUACUCAUUUAACAUUUUUUAUCUUGUAACUAUUCUCUGAUAGGAUAUAUUGUGUAAUAAUGUUUAGACAGGCUACUGAGGUCACUUAAUUAGAUAAUCAUUGUUGAAAGUUUCAGUUCCUAUAUGAAAGUAAAUGUAAGUAGACGAGAAGAAAUGAGUGUCAAAAUUUUGAUAAGUUUUAUUAGUCUGAUUGUUUGUGGCUCUUGUCAAUAUCCAUACUAUUCAUAUCAAUAUCCCUAUUAUGGAAAUUAUGGAUACACUAAUGUAAGAAGUAACCCUUAUUCUUAUCAACCUUCGCCAUGUAGGUCAUCUUGUGGUAGUGUUCAACCGGUUAACAAUUGUCAAUAUUUUCCGUGUUAUCAACGAUCAUACAACAGUUAUAACUUACCCUACGCUUACAAUAAUAACAAUUACAAGACAGUUAACAGUAAUUCAAACUCAAAUUUAUAUCCGACAAACCCUUAUGGAAGAUUGUAUCUGAAUUUAAAUAACUUUCAACAAUCUAAUCAACGAGAUCCAUAUGCCAAUGUUCCUACAGAGAUAAUCGACGACGACGAAUUUGAAAAGUUUAUGAAAAAAAUUCCCAAACUACCAAAAGCGACAACAUCAUCUCAUAGUAACUACACAGUGAGCCAAGGUGCUGCGACUAGUAACUCUGUUGUGGAAACUAAACCUAUAAGAACAACAAUAAACAGAAGUCUUGAUCCUUCCUCAAACAAUACACCAAUCAGACUUGAUUUCUUAAAUGGAGAACCUAUUAACGUAAACCAAAAUAACGAAGUAACUACAACAACCAAAGAAGAAACAGAAGUAACUUAUGUACAAGAAACGACAACCAUUGAUCCAAGUACCACCGAGGAAAAUGAGGAUGUGGCACCUGUCAAAAACUGGUUUUCUUAGAAAUGUCCUGUAAUGUUUGCAAGUUUAAUAAAAACGUUUUAUAUUUA